AUGGGUCUGCCCGGGGUUACAGUGUGGACCAAAUUUGUUGAGAGGGAAAAUGUGCAGAAGAGGACUUUUACUCGAUGGAUAAAUCUACAUCUUGAAAAGUGUGACCCACCUCUAGAAGUUACAGACCUCUUCGUUGAUAUACAAGAUGGCAAAAUCCUAAUGGCUUUGUUAGAAGUCCUGUCGGGGCGGAAUCUGCUGCACGAGUACAAAUCCUCCUCACAUCGGAUUUUUCGGUUGAACAACAUAGCGAAAGUACUUAACUUCCUGGAAGACAGCAACGUAAAACUGGUCAGCAUUGAUGCAGCGGAAAUAGUGGACGGCAACCCCUCUCUGGUUCUCGGGCUGAUAUGGAACAUCAUCCUCUUCUUCCAGAUUAAGGAGCUCACAGGCAACCUGAGCAGGAACUCCCCAUCCUGCAGCCUGUCACCCGGCUCGGCGGGCACAGACUCGGACUCCUGCUACCCACCCACGCCCACCGCGCAGGGGAAUGCAGGCAUCACCGGGAAAGACCAGAGGAGGGCCAUCAAGACCCUGCUGGCGUGGGUACAGAGGAAGACCAGGAAGUAUGGCGUGGCAGUGCAGGACUUUGCGGGCAGCUGGAGAAGCGGGUUGGCUUUCCUGGCUGUUAUCAAGGCCAUUGACCCCAGCCUGGUGGACAUGAAGCAGGCCCUGGAGGAGUCACCGCGGGAAAACCUAGAGAAGGCUUUCCGCAUUGCACGUGAAGCACUGCACAUCCCCAGGCUCCUGGAGCCGGAAGACAUCAUGGUCGACGUGCCGGAUGAGCAGUCCCUCGUGACCUACGUGGCACAGUUUCUAGAACGUUUUCCGGAGCUGGAAGCCGAAGAUUUCAUGGAACCAGAUAGAGAAGUUCCCAUUGAGUCCACCUUUGUCCGCAUCCGAGAAACUCCUCCUGACCAGGAGAGCAAGGUCUUCCUUCUGACGCAGAACGGGGAGCAAACCUACACCGUGAACCAUGAAACCAGCCACCCGCCCCCCGCCAAAGUCUUCCUGGGCGACCGGCUGGUGCCAGAAAGCUCUGCAGACUUUGAGCACAGGAACAUGGACCAGGCCCUCCAGGGGUCUCCAGGGAAGACCCGCACCACCAGCGAGUCCGCCCCUGAAUCUUCCAUCUUACCCACCAGAAAGGACAGCCGCAGGUCCAGCCUUCUGCCCACCAAGAAAACCGUCCACUUUGAGGACGGCACCUACAAGGACACCUCCAGUAGCCAGGAGCCGUUCUACAGCCCAGGCUUCCGCUUUGAAGAAAGUCCGAGGGCGGCCAGGGAGCUGCUGAGGCAGGGCAGGCGCGCCUCAGUGGAGGAGGAAAUCCAAGAAAGGACACCGGAAGAGGUGGCCUCCAGCGAGGUCCCUGGGGCUGAUGGCACAGUGAGUCACGCACAGCCACUCCAGGAUUCUUCUCCCUUUAAUGGUGCCUUAGAGGGUCCAGCCAGCCACGGUGAAGGAAGCCCUUCUCUGCCAGCCCUGAGGUUAAAUACUGUCCUGGCCGAUUCCAUUACGAUCAAGGUGAAGCUGCAGACUGCAGAACCCUUGCAGAAAGAAGGCUGUGUGGAAGGCGUCCCGUCACAAGCCGUGAAGCUCCUCAAUAGCAUGGUAGAUUUUGCUUCCACCAGCCAGACUUUCGGUGAGGCUCCUGCUGGUGAGAAGGCAGCUGGCAUGGAGGAGGAAGAGGAGGAGGAGGUGGGCUCUGGGAACUGUGCCCAGGAGCCAUCAGUGAAGUGUGACAGACACAGGCCUCCCACAGGCUCUGGACGAGAAUCUCCAGGCUACUUUGUGUCCCCUGAAGAGACACCUGCGGACAAAAAGCCAGAGACACCUGUGCAUGAAAAGGCCAAGAAGAAGUCCCCCCGGCCUCACAGCGAGGUAGAGGAAGAAGCCGAUGGGCCCUGGGGGCUUGGUGAACAACUGUCCUCCAGCUGCCUGAGGGGCAGCAUCAGCUUGGAGACCCUCGGCAGCCCCUCGCCUCCCCUGUCCAAGAUUUCUGUCAUACCCCAUGACCUCUUCUACUACCCUCACUACGAGGUGCCCCUGGCUGCAGUUCUAGAGGCAUAUGCAGAGGGCAGUGAGGACACGAGGAGCGUCGACUCGGAGCUGGAAGGGCCCAAGGACUGUCUGCCUGGCCCGGACCCUGGCGAGGGCGACGCCGAAGGCCCUUGGGACAGCGGCAGCUUCUCAGACCCGGGCCAGGGCCUCCCCAGCGCCAGCGACCAGGUGCCACCUUCCAGUGGGCACACAGGGGUGGCCACACCAGCCUCGGGACCUGCUCCCCCGGCCUUGCCUGAGGACCAGCAGCCAAGGGAGGCCAAAGACAGCGACCCCGUGGGGAGCCAUCAGUCCCCAGAAUUCCCAGACCCAGAAAGCACAGCAAACUCCUUAGAAGAAAAGGUAAUGGAAGAAUCAACCAGCAGUAAAAAAAAGGAAAAAAGGAAGCACGUGGACCACGUAGAAAGCACCUUGCACGGAGCACCUGGAAUCGUUCAGUCCUCAGAUGACCUAGAAGAUGGUGUUGGCGACCACGGCAUCCCUUCCAGGACUAGUCACAGUGACUCCAGCGUUUACAUUCGACAUCGUGCAAAUAGAUCGGUGGAGUCGGAUCAUAUUAGCUUUGCUCAGUUGAGGAACGCAACAGCUGUGGGUUACAGAAGGAACCGAACAUCAGCCAGGAAGGCCAGCAGCUCUGGAGAAGCUAAGUCGCUGGGGAACCAGAGUCCACCAAGUGACUCCCUGGCACAACUGGUCCAGCAGCCAGACUUGAUGUAUUUUAUCCUCUUCCUCUGGCUCCUGGUCUACUGUCUGCUGCUCUUCCCACAGCUGGAUAUCAACAGGCUCUGAUGUGCAUUCUGCAGAAUAAAAAAGACAGGACCCUGACCAAGAGUGGGGUCUCUUCACUUCAUUUUUAUUUUUUUGUUCAGGAUCAGGCCACUUCUGCAGAGAGUUGAAGACCUUCAAGGAGAUGUAGGCCCCCUACCCUGUUGUUUUGCUUUUUCUCAUGUUUCCUUCCCUCCUCCUCCCCAAGAGCAUGCUUUCCUCUCUAGCUGUGUGCUCAAAACUCAGGUUUGUGGCUGAAUCCUUAGGUAGGUUUUGUCCUGUGUGCCUUGCUUGGUUAUUAGAUGGUAAGCAUUGAUAUUAAAAGCCAAAACCUGGGGCUUAGCUCAUGCACUUGCAGAUUUUUAAGGUCUUGGAUGAACUUGAGUUACAGACCUCUCAGAGGAGGGUCUGCUUGGGGAGAAAGAGCACAGGUGCCCCAGGCCGAGUACUCCCAGAGGAGAACUGCCUUAUUUCCCUCCAGGUGGGGGUGUUUGUGUGCAGGGACUCGGGUCCACAGCCCCUUUGCAGCUUGGUGACUGGUUGUAUUCACUGGGGCAAAACCUCACAGUGUGAAGCUGAGGGCUCCCAGCAAGCACAUCCAGGAAAGGAGAAUCCAGGGGAAAGAGCAAAGGCUUUGUUGUGAGCCACAGGACAUUCUUUUUUCACCCUAGCUUGUGGGAGGGGUGGCCAGGGUGGGGAGAUGCAUUUUUAACCUACUUUUGCAUGGAUUGGAUUGAGGUAACACUGUGAUUUGCGAACCUUCUCUACCAAAGGGACCGCUCCUGCCAAAUGAAACCUGAGACGGGCUAGUCUAGACGAUGCAUUAUAAGCAGAGGUCUGGCUGGCUGGGGCCAGCCCUGAGACCCCUCCCAUUAGCUGAGCUCCUGUGCAGACCCUCAGUGUCCCACGGGGCGCUGCAGAAGGCCUGAGCAGCAGCAGAAGGAAUGGGGCUGAGGAUGAGCCUCCCCUCCCCAGCCAGAGCUGGCAGGGGUCCCAUAAGCUGCUGCUGCAGAAAGCAUUGUGCACAGACCCUCAGGAUGCCACUGAGUACCCGCCAGCAUCACUUGCUUUGGUCCUGAUGGGUUUCUUGAAAAGGCUUUUCUGGAAUGUACCCAGGGCAGGCCAGAGGCUCCUCUCCCGCCACUGCCCUUUCCCUCCUAAGACACCAGUCAGCAAAGCCUGAGUGUCAUUCAUCCUCCUCUCUCCCUUCCCUUCAAAAGCGUGUGCAGUAGACCUUGAGUUACAACCGGCCUGACAUACAAACAACUUGACUCAUGACUGGCAUUUUAGUUUUAUGAAGAAAGUUGAAUUAUGACCUGAAUGCUUGUCACUUGUGUUGCCAGAUGGCCUCAGGCACAGAUUUAACCCUUAAAGAGCUCUGGAAGGAACAUGGACAGUAACCUCUGCCGUGUGGGAGAGAAAUCCUGGGCCAGUGUCUCUCUGAGGACACUGAGAUCUGCCUGGGUACAGGAGAGAGACUUUGAAGGUUGUGUAGAGGAGCCUGGGCCUCAAAUGACCAACUGGUGUUACAGCCAGCCCUCGGGAAUGAGUUGAGUUCGUAAGUCAAGGGGUCACUGUAUUAGGCAACCUGCAAAGUUGUAAACUACUAGGAGAGCUCUCAGGGAUCAUUCUGUCCAGUCGAACCCAGAGAGGCAAAACAGGCUGACCAAGGUCACUGACUUGCCACAAGGAUGCAGCCCCCCUGUCUUCCAGUCCAGAGCUGUCACAUUUAAUGGAAGACUUUUAUCACACACAUAAUGUCCCCAAAAUGAUGCCUGUAAGAUAAAAUGCCCUCAUUCAAACACAACCACAAACUUUUUAGGUUAUCUAUCAUUCUUUUGCUCACAUAUUUUGUCCAUGAAGAAGUUUCCUUUAGCUUCAAGCCAGUCCCAUGCUCUUUCUGGAAUAGUUUUGGCAGAAAAGGUAAAAAUCACAUUCCUCCCGAGCAAGCCGAUUUCCGACAGUGGGUUUCAGGCUUACAGGAUUCCGGCAGGACCAAAACAGUCUACCCUGCGCAUUUGAGUUGGUGACAGCCACAUUCUGGCCUGUGCCCACUUCCCCUCCCUGAAAGAACUGCAGUCUUCCAGGGAGAAAGCCAUUGGGGGCUUGGAGCGAUUCCAUCUGGAAGGCCAGGAGCUCCAUAGGAAGAGCUAAUUCAUGAGCUCCCUGGUAUCAUCAACAGCUCCAAGGUACAGAUAAUAAAGAUGGUGGGAAAUUUUAUAGCUCUGGGCACCAUGCAGUCCUUGCCCAGAUUAGAUGCUGAAGAAGAGCUGACCCAGGUGUGAAUCAUUUCAUUGUAUGGCCUGGACGUUGUUCAGAGACGUCUCUGCAGGCUGCUUCUCUCACCUAUUACAACUUGCGAUAGUCUGAAACAGCUCCUGGCAAGAUGCCCGAUAGUCAUUUGGCUCUGGUUGGCAGUAAACUGACUUUUUUGAAAGAAAAAAGAAUUCAUUUGAGCUUAGGCAUAUAUGGAAGAAGUUGAAAGUAGAGGCUGCUAGACAAACCAGUCUAUUACUUGUGUUUUUUUUUUUAAAUAAAAAAUACUCUCAGCCCAGCAUGGUGGCAUAUGCCUAUAAU